GUCAACGUCACUUACUGAUUUUGACAUGACUUAGGCUGCUGUAAUCUAUAAAUGAUAAACAAAGAUUACACAUUCGUAUGUCAGUGUGUAUGUUAUGUUGCCUAUCAUAAAUUUAUUAUUUUACUUCCUUUCAUAAUAAUUUCAAAUAAAAGAAACAUCUGUUCAUAAUUAAGUCAAUUGUUUUAAUUAAUUAAAUUUAAAUGACUUCGACUUUUCUUUCUUUAGUUUCAAACUUGAAUGGAUUUUAGAGAUUUUUAGUUGGAUUUAAAUUUCAAUACUUUGAGAUUAUUAAAAUAAAUAAUAUGUGGAGUUAUUAAAAGUUAAUUAACCUAAAAUAUUAAAUUACUUUAUUGGUGUGACCGUUCAUAUUAUUAGGGAAUUAAGGUUAAACGGGUUUGUUUCUGUGCGUUACAGGCUAGACAAGACUACGGUCUAGACAAACAACAGAAUGGACGACAUUCUUUUAGCAAGGCUUAGGCUCAUUAACGACAAACUCACAACGGACUUAGAAGUAAUUCCGGGUACUGUUAAUUUAGAAAAUUUAGUGCAGGCUCAGAUCACCUACAGUAAAUUAGAAGCAACACUGAAAAGACUUAGCGGAGACCUGACGGAGUACUUUAGGCUGGCUUCGACACCCGCAUCUGAUGAAAUCUGCUUGAUAAGUGGACUUCAACUUCAAGCAGAGGAGACUUUAGCUGAACUUAAGGCGAAGAUUGACCAGAUAUCUACAUCAAGCAAACCAUCAGAGAAGCUGACUGAAGCGAACUCCUCGUGCAGACUUCCUAAGCUCCAGCUGCCGGUGUAUAAUGGGGAUGUACUGGCGUGGUAUGAAUUUUGGGAUGCCUUCAGAAGCAACAUCGAUGCAAGGAACCUGCCGGAUGUUGACAAGCUUUCUUAUCUUAAGACUUCAGUCACGGGAGAUGCCAAAAAAGUCAUUGACGGUCUAGCGACUACAAGCACCAACUAUGCUAUUGCCGUUACGAUACUGAAGGAAAGGUUCGGGAAAACUUCACAUCUUAUAGACGCGCACUAUGCAACAUUAUAUAAAAUUAAGAUGGCCAAAGGCAGUGCGGAUGACUAUAGAAGGACUUUCAACGAAAUCGAAAGGAAUCUUAAGAUUUUAGAAUCACUAGGUGAGAACAUUAACCACAACCAUCUGCGCUUCAUGCUACUAGAGAAGUUUCCUUCUGAUCUAGUAUACGAAAUAAAACUUAAAGUUAAGGAUGAUUCCAUUCAAGAACUGAGAAGCCACCUGGAUAAAAUCAUCACUGCCAAAGAGGACGCGGAAAGGAUAUCGGGUAGGAAACGCCCUCAAGAGACAGAAGCUAGUACGGUCGGGACUCUUCAUGUGAAUGCAAAACGUGCGAGAUACGCAAACCAGUCCCAACUACAACACAGUAACCAGAGUAAACAAAACCAUCAGGGACGCUUUGAUAAGAGACCGGUACUAAAGAAGUUUAAGGGUUUCAAGAAAUAUGACAAUAAAGGAAACAGACCAAACCAAACUUCAACUUCAAACAAAGAUCAGGCAGAAACUCAGCGAAGUACUCCAGGGGCUAAGAAGGGAUUGGUGUGUAUAUUUUGCGAAGGGGGCCAUUAUAAUGAUAGUUGCCCUGAAGCAUCUACUUUAGCAGAAAGGAAGAAACGACUUGCAGGACGAUGCUACAUCUGCUUCAGUAAGAAUCACGUAGCAAAUGCUUGCUGGAGAAAGAGAAGGUGUGCCCGUUGUAAAGGAGAAGUACCGCAUAAUAGAGCAUUAUGUCCUUUAAAUUUUCAGAAGGAUACAACGGAGAAGAGUCAGUCCUGACGGUUCUAGAAGAGGGAAUCACAGCACUCCAAACGGCAACAGUUUAUGCAAGCCCCAUAGAUGAUAAGAAUAAACAAUUUAAAUAUAGGCUUCUUUUAGAUCCAGGUUCCCAACGCUCUUAUGUAACAUUCCGGACUGCAAAGGAAUUAAAACUUCCCGUCGAAGAAGAGAGUCAUCUAGUAGUAUUCACCUUCGGCGACGAUCCUCCCAGAGAGAUACAUAGCCCAAUAGUCACCCUUCAUCUACUAUCUAGAACAAACAAGAACAUAGUAAUACAGGCUAACUGCGUAGAGCAUAUCUCCAGAGGUUAUAUACCUAAUGUCAAGAUGAAGAACUUACCGGAGUCAUAUACACUAGCGGACGACGGGUCGCUAAGCGGACCUGUACAGAUCUUGGUUGGAAACGAAUAUUACUGCAACAUAACUUACGAGAAAAAGGUACAACUGGAUAGCAAUUUGUUUCUAAUCGACUCUGCACUUGGUUGGAUAAUUAGUGGUAGAGCAGAACCACAGCUUAGAGACGAGUCGUACGUAGUGACUUACACUCAGACUUGCAUUGAAACGAAGCUUCAUCAGCCAGAUCCACCUCUUUGUAAUGGAGACAUAAAGAGCCUUUGGGAACUAGAAUGUAUAGGUAUUAGUGAUUCCCCAAGAGCAACUAGAGAAGAAGAAGCCAUCAAAUAUUUUAAUGAUACAACUUUAAAAUUAAAUAAUCGUUACACGGUAAGCUGGCCUUGGAUAACUUAUCCACCGGAUUUACCUAAUAAUUUUGGAAUGGCUUUUGGUCGUUUAUCAAGCUUAUUGAAGCGUAUGGAUCAAGAUACGUUAUUAGCAUACAGCGAUACGUUUAAAGAACAAUUAGAUAAAGGUAUAAUAGAAGUUGUACCUACUUCAAGAACGUCAACGGGUAACGUCGUUCACUACUUACCUUUCCAUGGAGUACGUCACCGAGGAAAACCUAUGAGAAUAGUUUAUGAUGCUAGCUCUAAGAGUAGCAAAGACACCAAGAGUCUGAACGAAUGUUUGUACAGAGGACCACUCAUGUUAGAAGACCUCACUGGCUUACUUAUAAAAUUUAGAACUCAUCGGAUAGGUUUAACCUCAGAUAUUGAAAAGGCGUUUUUACAGAUGGCGUUACACGAGAAGGAUCGUGAUGUAACCAGAUUCUUGUGGCUCAAAGAUACCUCUAAACCGGUAUCUCAAGACAACCUACUAUACCUUAGGUUUUGUAGAGUUCCAUUUGGCGUCAUUUCAUCACCGUUUUUGCUUAAUGCGACUAUUAAGCACCACCUGUCCAACGCAGAAGAUCAGCAAGUCAGACAGAAAGCAAAUGACAUAUAUGUGGAUAACUUUGUUUCGGGUACCGACACUACGGAUGAGGCGAUGAAACUCUACAAAAAUCUAAAAGGAUCUUUUCAAGACAUUUCAAUGUCACUCAGGGAUUGGAGUUCGAAUUCUAGGGAAUUUAUGAAGAAAGUCUCUGAUACAUGUAAAGAAGAUAAAGUAAAGGUACUUGGUUUGGAAUGGGACAUCAAAAAGGAUACUCUCCAGUUGAAACCUAACUUACAAGAAGAAGCUGUCACGAAAAGAGGAAUACUGAAAACUAUUGCAUCAAUCUACGAUCCAUGUGGUUAUGCAGUACCUUAUACCCUAUCAUGUAAACUCUUUUUACAAGAGCUUUGGAAAGCUGGAGUGUCAUGGGACUCACCAUUAUCAAGCGAACUAACGGAAGAAUGGAACAAGAUCCGACAGAACUUAGAAGCCAUUAGGAAGGUGUCGGUG